AUGUGGGGUUGUGAUCUAUGCCCAGACUGCUUGACCAUGGAAGCGAUGCCCAAGAACGCUGAUCAGAACGGAGGACUAUUGAUUACCGCAACUAGUCUACCUUACAUUGCACUCAAGAUCAGACUCGAGGAUGGAAAGUUGCAAUUGCUAAGGCAGAUUCUGGAGAAAGCAGUUCAGAAGAACGUCUUGAGGAAUGUGCUGGCAUUGGAGGGUCCUGAUGGUUUCGGUUUUGUAAUAUCAGCGUUGAAACGUGAUCCAAAUGCUGCCCGGCUGAUCCUUCAAACGACAAAGCAACAUGGCUGUAUCGAUGGAGUUCACAAUGCCGUACUCCGCUACGAAACAAAACCGAAGGAAAACGAGGAAGCAAAACCGGUGAAUAAAUCGCUAGCCAUGCUGUUCAUCGAGCAGAAGACGUUCGAUCUGGUACAAGAAUUGCAGCUCACCACGGCCGAAUGGAGGCACAUUGAUGCCAACGGUGACAACCUAUGGCAUUACGCUGCGAGAGCGCAGGAUCUGAGAGCCGUGGAUCUGUUCCGAUUUUCGGAACUGAAAGGAAUCCCGAUGAGGGGCAAUAGUCAAGGAUUCACUCCAUUGCAUGAGGCCGUUCAGUCAUGUGAUUGUUCGGCGAAUUCAGUUCUGGAACCGAUUGAAUGGCUUGCUGCCAACACCCCAGACGUUCCUCGUGAUGUGACUUUCCCGGAUCACUGA